AGCCAUUUUGGCUCAAGCCGUUUGUUCGCCCGAGCCGUCGUGGCUCCGUUGGCCGCCCCUGGGGUGCCUUUUCGCUCCCCCCCCGCCUCUCCGCAGAAAGACCGCCCACGCCUGAGCGAUGUCGGCAGGCGUGCCCAUGGAGCCCCAGCAGGAGAUGAUGUACGCGGCGCCCGCGGAGCCGCAGCGCAUGAACAUCUCGCCGGAGAUGUUCCAGAAGCUCAUGGCCGGGCAUCCCGUGACUGAGGAGGAGAUCCACGCGGACGCCGCGGCCAUGGGCGGGGCGGCGGCGCCCGUCGUGGAGGCGGCCACGGCGGCGGUCGACGCCGCCGCCGACGCGGUGGGCGCGAAGAAGAAGUCCAAGAAGGAGAAGAAGAGCAAGGACGGGAGCAAGAAGGUCAAGACCAAGUCCGGGAAGAAGAAGGGCUGCUGCUGAGCGCCGGCGGUGACCGUUUGCCCCGCGGGGGCUUUUGAUUUAUCGCCUCCGUUGCCCGACGCUGUCGUUUGCCGCCCCAACUGUACGCGCUCCACCCAGGAGCCAAAGCGUCUGCCAAAGAGCUGAAGGGAGCAGCGGGAGCUGCAGGGCGACGGCGAGCCCCGAGCCGUUCCAGGGCCCGAGGGGGCCCCCGGGCGGCUCUGGGGCCGAGAUCGCGCCGCAGGCCGUCCGCGCGUGCCGUGCGUAAAAGAACUGGCAGCUAUGGCCAGCGUAACCAAAAAAAUCCAGUGCCAUGCCACGGCAUGGUUUCG